AUGAAAGCUGUGAACACUAGACUUCUUCCACUUCAGACUCUUUAUCCGAAGAAAAAGGAGAAAGAGCCUCAGAAAAAGGUGGUUCCUUUCGUGAAGCCUGGUGUUUCGGCAAAAAUUCCUACUGAACAACAAAAUUCAGAUUCAAUUCGAUAUGUUCAAGCGUCAUUGAUCAAGAAAAACAUCAUGGGCCUUGAAGCGAACUUAAAGGAAAUUGAAAAUGAUACUACUUUCGUUGCAAAUGCUAUGGCAAAAGCAUUACAAGUUCCAACAGCUAUUGAAUCAACAUUUAAUCGUAUUCACGGCAGAAUUUAUGAUAUUCAACGCGAAAUUGAAUACUCUUCCAAUUCACUUGAUGAUCAAGCAUUAACAAUUCAGUCGAAUUUUAGAAGAUUUAAGAACCAGAUACAUUAUGAAAAGAUUAUGAAUGCUGUUCAUAGAACUAUGCAGAGAGAUUGUGCUGCAAUCCAUGAAUGUCUUCUUGGUUUCUUACUCUCAUAUUCUAAAACAGAUGAUCAUCUUAGAAUUCUAAUGAACAGACGUUUCCUUGUUCGUAACCGUCAUGCACUUAGGUUCUGGCGUGAAUGGUCCGAGCAAGCAACAAUUGAAGACCAAAAAAGAGAAGCACAAAUCCCUCAACUCCAAGAAUCAUGGACAAGACGCCAAGUUGCUCAGUUCUUGAGGAAAUGGCGCGAUCUUUCCUUCUCAAAACAUUCAAGAAAAGCCGUUCGCCAACUUCAACAAAAAAUUGCAGCCGAAGCUCAACGAAGACUUGCGGAAACACCUGGCGAUCAGAAACUUACGAUUCUCGAACAACUAGCCGAGCAGCGUGUCCAAGUCAUUCUUGACUUUGCGAAACAAAAUUACGUAUAUCACAUGCAAAGCAUUACAUUUCGCUGGUGGCGUCGUUUCAUUGAGCAAUGUAAGAACGAGAGCCGCAGCGGUAACGCUAUUGCCAGAGAAUUCUACGUAACUCGCAAGAAGAAGACGUUUUUCCAAGCAUGGUAUUCUCUUUCUGUUGGCAGAGUCAAUGUUUUUGGCGGCUACUCGAAAUGGCAACGCCCUGUCAACAAGCGAAUCGCUCUCUACAAAGACGACUGUUCUCUCAAGAGAAUUGUUGUUCGCGAGUGGAGAUUAAUUGUUGUCAGACGCAAAAACAUGAUUGCGUUUCGCGAAAAGAGCGAAAGGGAGUUUCUCAGGAGAUGCCUUGUCCAAUUCCAUCUUGCAGCCUCUGACAGAAGGAACAGGCUUGCACACAUGGUCGAAACAUACAUUGCGAUUCUACACGGCCAGAUGCACAGAGUUUUCAUCGCUUGGCAUCAUUGCGUUGUCAAAAACAAAGUCAGACGGCAGCCAAACGAUUUCCUCGAGAAGAGAUACUUGUUGAUGAGGAAAUUCCGCAAGAAGAGGACUUUCUUCAGGCGCUGGGCUGUCAGAUACACAGAACACUCAACAACACGCUUCGACAACUUCAAGAACGAAGUUUCAACAUACGUCGAACACUGGGAAUCCGCUGGAAAUGAGAUGAAGUCUUCGAUGGUUUUGAUUUCGAGCCUCAACGAGAAACUCACAACGGAACUCGCUGGAAGAAAGACAGAUCUCGAGAACAGCAAGAGAACUGUCGAGUUCAUGAAGAACGAGCAGUUGUCACUCGCUUUGGCAAUGAAAAACGCAAAGGCUGAAAUCGAAAGAUUGCAAGAAUUGAUCGGAAAAUCGUCAAUGAGAUACUUCGUCGAUAUAAAGCCGAUCCACGCAAAUGUCGUCGAAAAUGUUCCUGCAGCACUUGCAGCUUACAUCGCGCAGAAGGAAGAGGAGAAGCAGAGAUUGGCUGCAGAGAGAGCUGCUCAACAAGCAGCGUUGAUCCAGAAGAACCAAAGACCUGUGAAUUCUGGAGCAAAAAGGAGAAAAACAACUUUCUCUGGCGUUAAGAAUGGCGUUUCGAGAAACAGCCAGAACAGGCCAACAAGAAAGUCGUUGAGUACGGAUCAGACAACAGAAUGA